AAUGCCCCACGGAGGAUGUGGACGUGGCGCAUCUGCUCAGACUCUGCUAUUUCGGUCGAUCAACCCAUAAAUACAAAUUUACGAAGAGAAAGCUCGAAAUUAAAAAAGUGCAACUUUGAAUUUCACACAUUUAUUUGGUUUCCAACGUGGUGGGUGGGACGAUGGAGGUAGGGCAGGUUACAACAACGGCCAACUCGUCCCGGUCAAUUACUUCGAUGGACACAUCAACGUCAAGUGCAGCAUGUACAACAACAAACGCAAUAACUAACGGUUCUUCCCCUCCUGGAAUAUCCCUUGCGUCCUUACUGGGGUCCUCGACUGUUGGCCCCAGUAGUAAUUGUAACAGUAGUAGUAGUGGCAAGGAGGGGGAAAAACCUCCAAAAUGGCAGCUGGAUUUGCUGAUGGAGAAAUUGAGGCAAAAAUCAGUCCAGUUGAAACCUUUGGUGGACACAUCAAAAAACAUUCGUCAAGCACUUAUGGAGAGGAGGUGUAUAAUUGAUCAAAAUGACAAAGGAAAUCUUCAAAAGUCUUUGGACUCGUUGCAACAGUCUCUCCGAGUGAAUUCGCUGCAGAGCAUGGUGGAGAGGCUGGAAAUGGUUGCAAGACAGUUGGGUCUACGGUUUACCCCUGGGGGAACCGGCCACGAGUGGUUCAUUCAUUCCGAUAUGUUUUACUUGGAACUCUUGAUUGACUCUAAUGGAAUGGUCGAAGAUGUUAAAAUUCAACAUGAAGGAAAAACUGAACAACAGAGUUGCCCGGAAAUUGUGGAAAGUCUGAAGAAAACAAACUUUCAAGAUUUUACAGCACAUUUGGAAGGACUAGUUUCGAUAUAUCAGCUUACUGCGGAUAAGAAAAUCAAAAGCAAGGCUUAUAUUGCCCUUCAGUGCCUCGAAGCCGACUUGGCUUCAAUAUCAACCACGUAUUCACACAUCAACGAAGCGGAUACUGUUAUUAUGAAAUGUUUGCUGGGUCUACUUCAACCAAGGAAAGGUGGGCACCCUGUGAAACUUGUAUAUUUCAUUUCACCUUACGAGUUUUUGGACGUUACCACAAAAUCUAUGCUUUCAAAUGAUGUUAACACCGUAAUAAGCAACAAACUUGGGAGUUCUGCCACCAUUCACAUUCAAGCUUCAUCAUCCCACAAGCUUCAAAUGAGUACAACCGUUAACUUGACCCGAACACCAGAUGGGAAAACCAUACCGAGGUAUGGAGUUCUCAAUGCCACAAACAGCACGGUUCUGCCUGCCUGCUUUGUCUUGAACUUUGGAAAGCCUAUGCCGAUAUGCAUAGAUCUACUUAAAGCAAUUCAUGCAACAACUGAAAUUGAAUCGUUUGAUUUGACCGACACCCAGCCAAUUUUAAAUCUGGUGACUCACCAGCUAUCAGACGGAGCUUUGAACUGUUCAGAGCAAGGCUUGUUUGUCGCUUUACCAGAUCAAGUUCACUGCUAUUUCAUGACAGAUACUACAUGUUUGGAAGGAGUCAUGGUGUCCUCAAUUUGCUUUACAUUGGCUUCUCAGCUACCACAAGUGGUGGCUAUUUUGCGCCAACAAUCAGCUUUUAAUACCCUCGUGGGGAGCUGUGUUAGAGUUGGUAGUAAACCAGAAUUGGAUCACAUCGUGUUUGAAGUGAGCGCCUUGUCCCACCAGAAGCUGUCAGUUUCGUUUCAACAUCCUUUGGACGACUCCCUGGUCACGCUAGAAUUUGAUUUAAGAGAUGUUACUCAUCCUCAUUGUCAUCUUCAUGCGGUGGCCAAUGUUACUGAUAUCAUCCCAACUCUGGAAGAACAUGCUUGCAAAGUUGUAAAAAGGAGCAUGUCAAUACCAAUUACUCUUCGAGCUGUCAUCCGACGUUGGCAGAGUAUGAAAGCAAAAGCGGAUCCUCCAAAUCCCGACUUCAGCGUGGCUGUUGGAGGAAAUGGAUUAGGCAACUUGGAUGUUACCCGAAUAAACGACAGGUCUUGCGGAGCAGAAUCGGCUGACCGUAAAUCAAAUGCGAGCCAUCAAAACGUUAUGGUUCCCCCUGGGAUAAUGAACUUCAACAAUGUAGCAGCAGGAAAUGCCACCAACAAGCCUCCACCGCCACCACCACUAUCUGCCUCGUCAUCCUACAGUAUUUCACCGGUUGGCAAUUAUGCGAGCCAAUCUCCACAGAGUCCAAUGGAUAUUCUUUCGUAUAUGAAUCCAUAUCUGAACCAGAUGAACCUAGCGGCUGGGGGUCCUCCAUUUCCAAAUAUCACUCAGAAUAUGGCCAUUCAAAUGAUUGCUUCGCAGAUGGGACAGAAUCCUGCAACUCCGUCUCAAAUGCUGAUGGGUUUACUAGAUCAAGUCGGUCAGACACAGAAAAGACGAAAGCGAAAGAACACGACGGACAAUUUGCCAUCCCCUAAAGUUAGUCCGCAAUCGAUUCGACCAAGCCAGUCUCCCUCUAGACCUCCUCACAGUCCUAUGCGACGCCAAAGUGACAGCUCGGAUGGGAGUGGAGCUGCUGUUGACAAAUCAUCAGCCAUAAAUAUGCUAAUGACUGAAUUGGGCAUGGACCAACUUCCUGACUCUCGAUGGAAUAUUGACAUUACACCUGUGAACACGUCAUCGGAAAGCAUAGAUGACUUGGAUUCCUUCAAGAAACAAAUGGCUAUUAAAAAGACAACUCCCAAACGAAGCUUAUCAUUAGAUUCACACUCUUCUGAGGACAUAUCCAGCAUUCAAAGUCUUAUUGAGGGACAAGACUUUAAACCACUGGUUACCCCAAGCCUCAGUAUUACACCAGUCUCAACAACCAGUAGUAGCGUCACCUCACUCUUAGCAUCCAUUCGACCAGGCAUCGAAAUAAUUCCUCUUCCUCAUAACAAUCCAGUUUCUAUUCCAACAUCUUUGACAGUAACUCCAAUCAUGUCAAGUGCAAAGUCCAAUAACAACAGCAAUAACAACAACGAGAAACAGGAUAAGCCCAAGAAGCCAAAAGAUCGGACAGUUCCUGGGAAAAGAAAGUUUGAUCCUUCAGCAGGAGGAAGCGAAGGAGAUGGUCGACCAACAAAGCUCCCAUUUCUGGACAACAGAGGCAGAAUAUCUCCAAAUAUCAACUUUACAAAAAAACCUACUUCGCCCAACUUGCUUCUUAACAGUCCCUCUAAACCAAGUGUCCCAACCAGUCAAGGCAAACCAAGUGUUUCUACACUUAAAUCAGUCUCAUCGUCAUCAACACCAAACUCUCCGAAACUCGGAGAAAACAGUGCAGUUAAGCAAAAGAUAAAGAAGCCCAACACAAAAGGACUUAAAAGCUUUAUGGGAAUGGGUAACAUACCGCAGCUGAAGGCACUCUCGCCCGCUGCAGUUGCGGUACCCUCAUCCCCAGUUAAGCAGCAAGGGACGGGAGGGGACAGCAAUAACCAGCUAAUUGGUGGAAUGGAGGGUUCAAGAAUGACGACCACAGAUGCCAAGUUAAUGAGUCAAGCAAAUCAAGCCGCAGUUACUGCAUUACAACAAGCUGCUGCCACCUUGGUUGCCAAUGCUGCUCAGAAACCUCAUGCUGCUACCAACAUUGCCAAGAAAGGUGGUCUGGCUGCUGUAAUUGAUAAGUUAAAAUCCGUUCACUCCUCCACAGAAGUACCAAGCAUUGGUGGACCUCCUUCCUCAUCAUCAUCUUCUUCUUCCUUGGACAAGAAGGAAUCCUCCGCAUCUUCUGCUGCAGCAACAACCAUGAGUGCGAAGGACUACUUGAAAGUAUCCUCUGCCAUUACCAAUGAUGUAAUGCAGCAAAAGAAAGCUCUCACAGCAAAUUCGACUGUGCCCGGACAGGAGUACAUGGUAAAGGGAGGUCAAGGGUUGAAACUGACCAUAAAUAAGGCCAAGCUGAAGGAUCCAACAAAAUCCCCAAAACCUGGUGGCCUCGGACUUAAAAGCCCACUCAGCGGUGUUAUAAAAAAAGGUAUUCCUGGUAUGAAACCCUUGUCCCACUUGUCCGCCUUGUCUGCAAAAUUGGCCAUUGUCACUAAAAAGUCGACCCCGAUCAACAAGGAUCUGAUGAAAGAUUUAUCAUCAUUGAAACCUGGAAACACGCCGUCCUCUAAAGUAAAGGAUGGUAAACCACCCAGAUUGGAAUCUGAAGAUUUGACCAAAAAGCUGUUUCUUCCUGGUUCCGUCAAAAGCUUGGAAUCGGGAACUUUCGCAUCCGCUCCAAUUUUUGAUCCAAACAAAUUCCAAAUCCCGAAAAAGUCUCGAGGUGCAAGUAACGCAUAUGAAAAUAAUAGCAACUCCAACAAGACGACCAGCAGCAGCAGCAGUAUAGAAAAAGAUAUAUCUUCUUCUUCGUCAACUUUGACUAGCAAAUCUGGCAAAUCGACUCCACCUCCAUCUCUCACGUCCAACUUUAUGGACUUUAGUUUGGCUAAAGAAAAGGCUUCAACAUCAUCUACUGUGCCAGCAGCAUCUCUUGUUGGAGCAUCGAGCUCAAUGGAAAUGGAUACGACGGCCCCACCAGAGUUGGUUUCUGAAAUAUGUUCCACCGCCACUAGCUCGGAUGGCUCGUGGCGUUCAGAGCCUCCGGCCCUCAUUGAAGUUAACAGUAUAGCACCUUCAGUCCCUUUGUUCAUGGAGAAAUCAAAAUCUGAGGAUUCUGCCAUCAUGUUUACUCAACCCCAAGCGCCGCAAGCAGUAGAACAAGCCAAAGGUUUAUUGGCCUCGACGUCACCACCACUGGGUCACGGCAUAAACAGGAAUAAUAAUUCAGGAACCAAUGAGGUUUCCAGUAUGGAUUUUACUUCCCCUGAAUCUCCUGACCCCGUUAACCUUGUAGUGAACAGUAGCAGUGCUCCACAAACAAUUCCUACGAAUCCCGUUAGUAGCCCAGGCACCCCUCUUAACGCAGAUGGUCCAAAUGCCGUUCAGGCGCCAAGUGGAAUGAAUGUGACUCCACCCCCAGAAACAGCAACUCAACAGCAGCAACAGUCUCCUGCUCGCAUUCCAACUCCUCCGCAGAUAAUGAAUCUGCAGACACAGCCACCCCCUCAAAUCCCACCUGAAGACGUAGACGAAGAUCGACUUAUUAUUGAUGAUGGGCAUGCUAACAGCAAUUAUACCUCUGCAGUACCAAUAUUAAAAGAAAUUGAAACUGUCCCUCCAAACUCAGCAACAAGUGUAUCAUCGGAAACUGUUGAAAAAUGUGUCGAAGAGAAAUCAAAGUCUCCAGAAAUGCCUCCACCCCCAGCUCCAGUUGAUCUUUCCAGUUCAUCAAGUAAUUCGUCUUUUGCUUCUCCACAGACAGUUGUCUUUGCUCCUCCGGCGUCACCGAAGGGAGUGCCAAGUCCCUUGGGAGGGGUUGGAGGAGGUGGUGCGACCAUGUCCAUCGCGUCAGUGCAUAUCGUCCACUCGCCUCAACCUAACUCGCCCUCACCUGCUCUGCUACGGAGUCCUCUGGUUCAGAUGUCUGCCUCCCCUGCUGCGUCGCCUUACCAAAUUGAUGACGACUUAAUGGACGAAGCCCUAAUUGGGGGCAGUUCAAAAUAAGUUUUGUACUACUAUUAUUUAUCUACGACUAAUUUGUACAACUAUCAUGAUUUUAUUUCCUAUGGAUGAAUUUUAAAACUAUUUAUUGUGUAUUCCUCCAAUAUUAAUAAUUAUGUUUGUAAUGUGUAGGUCUUUUUUAUUGCAUUGAUAUCGUGUAUGCAUCGUAGUAUGGAGGGGUUUAAGUAAAGAUUAUCCUGUUUUAACAACACAACAUAUUUUGCAAUUUCUCUCAUGAUUGUUUCAUGCCAAUGUAAAACUUUCCACUGCUAUUUAUAAUUAUGCUAAAAGGAGAGAUCUGGGUUGGGAAUGGUAAUUUACCGCAAAAUAUGUAAGUUAACCGCAUAAUUAUGUAAUCCCUUUAGAUUAGAUAGUGUCGGUAUAUGACAAUAAAAGCAGUUUAUAAUUUAACAAUCCAAACCAAUCUGCAAGAGAUUUAGCGCAUAAAAUUCAAUAAACACAGAAAAUGCUUCCCAAUGUCA